AUGGCUCUUAACUUUGUAAAGAAUGACUCCCGACUCUCUGGGCCAGAACACUCCACUCCUCGCCAAACUGCAAGAAAAUGCUCCCGCUCCAAACAGCAAACAGACGCUCCCGCUCCCAACAGCAAAACAGACGCUCCCGCUCCCAACAGCAAAACAGACGCUCCCGCUCCCAACAGCAAAACAGACGCUCCCGCUCCCAACAGCAAAACAGACGCUCCCGCUCCCAACAGCAAAACAGACGCUCCCGCUCCCAACAGCAAAACAGACGCUCCCGCUCCCAACAGCAAAACAGACGCUCCCGCUCCCAACAGCAAAACAGACGCUCCCGCUCCCAACAGCAAAACAGACGCUCCCGCUCCCAACAGCAAAACAGACGCUCCCGCUCCCAACAGCAAAACAGACGCUCCCGCUCCCAACAGCAAAACAGACGCUCCCGCUCCCAACAGCAAAACAGACGCUCCCGCUCCCAACAGCAAAACAGACGCUCCCGCUCCCAACAGCAAAACAGACGCUCCCGCUCCCAACAGCAAAACAGACGCUCCCGCUCCCAACAGCAAAACAGACGCUCCCGCUCCCAACAGCAAAACAGACGCUCCCGCUCCCAACAGCAAAACAGACGCUCCCGCUCCCAACAGCAAAACAGACGCUCCCGCUCCCAACAGCAAAACAGACGCUCCCGCUCCCAACAGCAAAACAGACGCUCCCGCUCCCAACAGCAAAACAGACGCUCCCGCUCCCAACAGCAAAACAGACGCUCCCGCUCCCAACAGCAAAACAGACGCUCCCGCUCCCAACAGCAAAACAGACGCUCCCGCUCCCAACAGCAAAACAGACGCUCCCGCUCCCAACAGCAAAACAGACGCUCCCGCUCCCAACAGCAAAACAGACGCUCCCGCUCCCAACAGCAAAACAGACGCUCCCGCUCCCAACAGCAAAACAGACGCUCCCGCUCCCAACAGCAAAACAGACGCUCCCGCUCCCAACAGCAAAACAGACGCUCCCGCUCCCAACAGCAAAACAGACGCUCCCGCUCCCAACAGCAAAACAGACGCUCCCGCUCCCAACAGCAAAACAGACGCUCCCGCUCCCAACAGCAAAACAGACGCUCCCGCUCCCAACAGCAAAACAGACGCUCCCGCUCCCAACAGCAAAACAGACGCUCCCGCUCCCAACAGCAAAACAGACGCUCCCGCUCCCAACAGCAAAACAGACGCUCCCGCUCCCAACAGCAAAACAGACGCUCCCGCUCCCAACAGCAAAACAGACGCUCCCGCUCCCAACAGCAAAACAGACGCUCCCGCUCCCAACAGCAAAACAGACGCUCCCGCUCCCAACAGCAAAACAGACGCUCCCGCUCCCAACAGCAAAACAGACGCUCCCGCUCCCAACAGCAAAACAGACGCUCCCGCUCCCAACAGCAAAACAGACGCUCCCGCUCCCAACAGCAAAACAGACGCUCCCGCUCCCAACAGCAAAACAGACGCUCCCGCUCCCAACAGCAAAACAGACGCUCCCGCUCCCAACAGCAAAACAGACGCUCCCGCUCCAAACAGCAAAACAGACGCUCCCGCUCCAAACAGCACUGGAAAAUUGGACGUUCACCACUGUAACCAAGUAAGGCGAAUAACCCACAGCUGUUCGUUUCAUCCGUUGCAGCCGUCAGGCAGAUCACGUGACUCGGUAGCAGCACCUCUCGUGGCGCCCCACCAACCGACCGUCUGA